GUUAUGCUUAUACUGGAGGUGGUCAUAAGAUUACACGUGUUGAAGUCUCUUUAGAUAAUGGUAAAACUUGGCUUCUUUCUAAAUUAGAUCAGCCUGAACUUGAUCAUCCCGUUGUUCUUAAGAGAGGAGUAAAUCCAAUUCCUAGAUAUUGGUGUUGGAGUUUUUGGUCCUUAAUUAUACCAUUUCAUUCUUUCAUUCGAUGUGAAGAAAUUUCUGUUAGAGCUUGGGAUUCUACUCAAAAUACUCAACCUAGAAAUCCAACUUGGAAUGUAAUGGGAAUGAUGAAUAACUGUCAUUUUCGUGUAAAAGUUAAUACAAUUGCUCAAGGAAAUGAAUUCCGUUUAGUAUUUGAACAUCCAACACAACCUGGAAAUCAAGCUGGUGGCUGGAUGAUUAAACCUCCUCCAAAAUUAAUAACCGCGAAACCUCCAGGUGUUUCUACUAUCGAUAGUGAAAUUCCUACCUUUACUAUUAAUGAGGUUGCUAAACAUAAUAAUGAAAAAGAUUGCUGGAUUGUAAUAAAUAAACAAGUUUAUAAUUGUACUGAAUUCUUGAAAAAACACCCUGGUGGUACUUCUGCUAUACUUAUCAAUGCUGGGAAAGAUGCCACAGAUGAAUUUAAUGAAAUCCAUUCCACAAAGGCUAGAGAGAUGUUAAAAGGCUUUUAUAUAGGUAAUCUGGCAACCCCUAAACCAAAAUUAUAA